AUGGGUGACACGAAUCUAGUCGCGACAUACACCCUCAUCCAUUCAUUCCUCACGAAACAGUCCCAUGUCAAAGCUGCUGCUGCUCUGAAAAAAGCUGUCAAAGAUGUGGUUAUAUUGAAAGAUGAAAUAGAAAUAGAAGGCCCUCAGCUAGACGAAAUUAUCAACGAAUGGAAGAAGGCACAGGCGGAAAAUAAGCAGGACUCAUCCUCUGAUAGUGAUAGUGACUCUGAUACCAGCUCAGAUUCCACUUCAUCUGAGUCCAGUGCGCCAAAAUCACCCAAAAGUACAGCACAGAAAACCCGGAAAGCCUCCGUAACAAGGAGCCCACCCUCGUCAUCAUCUUCCUCGGAUUCUUCUGACAGCGAUGCAGAACAAAAGCCCAAGCCCUCUAAAUCGAAACCCAAGGCGGUGGCGGCGAAAUCAAAAUCAAAGGAGUCUAGUGACAGUUCUUCUUCUUCUGAUUCGGACUCGGACGCCUCUGCUGCAACAGUCCAACAAAAGGUACAAAAGGCCACUGCCCUGAAAACAGUCAAAUCAACAAAAUCCUCGAAUUCGAGAUCUUCAGAUUCAAGUUCGUCAUCAGAAUCUGGCUCCGAAUCAGACGAUGAAUCUAGCGACGCCGAAACAAUAAACAAAAAGCCCAUCAGCAAAGCUGCCAAGAAAACAAAAUCACCCGACCGCGAUUCAAGUCAAACGCUGACAUCAGACUCAAAAGCUGGGAAGGGAGGAUCUUCGUCGCCGAGUUCAGAUGAAAGCUCAAGUUCGGACGAAAGUUCGGACGAGGAUAUGGCGCCUCCCGCCGCCAAAACGGCCCUGACCAGCAAAUCGGGUGAGGCUGCAGCGAAAGCCGACUCCUCGUCGGAAUCUUCGUCCUCUUCAUCAAGCGAAUCAUCAGAUUCGGAUGACGAAGUGUCUCCAGUCAAGACAUCUAAAAGCAAGGCCGCUGCGCCUCCCGAACCGCAACCUGCUGCUGACCCAGAGUACACUCAAGUAACAAAGAAACGCCGUACGUCGGAAAGCGGUGCUGCAGUCACUACUGCCACGACCGUCUCCUUGCCAGAGGAAUCAUCGACAAAUUACCAACAGGAACAGAAAUCUAAACGAAAUCAAGGCGGGAAGCAACCUCGCAAGCCAAAUACGCCAUUCCGCAAGAUCGAUCCUGCGAAGUACGAAAAUACCGAAUUGAUAGAUAAUCGUUAUGUGGCCAAGGCGGGCCCAUCGAACGAUUAUGGUGCUAAGGCGCACGCCGAUUUGAUCGUCACCCGGGGCUCGUCGUUCCGUAAAGAGAAGAACAAGAAGAAGCGAGGAAGCUAUAGAGGUGGUGAGAUUACGAUGGAGAGUCAUAGCAUCAAAUUUACGUAG